GGUGCGAGGAGGCGCCGCCAUCUUCGGGCCGCUGGGCCCCUGCACUGGUCUCCGGCCACCAGAGGUAGGUGGUAGGUGGGCCGGGUCGCGCCGCCUGCGGUCCCCGGCCUCGCCCCCUCGCGCUCCGCUGCGGACCCACGAUGCCGCAGUACCAGACCUGGGAGGAGUUCAGUCGCGCGGCCGAGAAACUCUACCUCGCCGACCCUAUGAAGGCCCGUGUGGUUCUCAAAUAUAGGCAUUCUGAUGGGAGUUUGUGUAUUAAAGUAACAGAUGAUUUAGUUUGUUUGGUGUAUAGAACAGACCAAGCCCAAGACGUGAAGAAGAUUGAGAAAUUCCACAGUCAACUAAUGCGACUUAUGGUAGCCAAGGAAUCCCGCAGUGUUGCCAUGGAAACGGACUGAAUGGUUUGAAAUGAAGAUCUGUCAUGUUCUUAGGAAGUAAAUCUCUUUUGAAUCUGAAAAAGUGUUGGGAAAGGAACUACUUUAUGUAAUUAAGUGGGCUCUUCCGAAGUGGGGAGAUCAUUUUUUGUACUUUGUUUUUUAAUGUUUACUUUAGAGAGCCAGGAAUGUAAAUGCUUUCAGGUAGAAAAACCUUUAUUUAUUUUUGGAAAUUGAACAAAUGCAUAUGUUGGGAAACCUUUUGUGGGUUGCUAUGGGGUAAAAUACGUAAUUAUUCUACGGUAAGUUUCUAUCAGUAAUUUGAAAAUGAGAUACCAGUAAAAGGCAAUUCUUCCUUAAAUUUAGUUACUCUGUCUUUAAAAGAAAAUUAAAUGUAACCAUUUUGCUGGAUUGGUGUAUUUCUUUUGGAGCAUAAAAUUUGUGCUGUUGACCAACAAACGUAAAACACGGUAACUGGAAUUACCUGUAAGCAGCAGGUGCCUGACUGCGUGUGAUACAGUAGUGUAGUCUCAGUUGUCGGCACGGCAUCGUGGAAACAGGUAUGCUUUACUUUACCUAAAACUUCCCAAAUUUAAACUGUAUUUUUGAAUGUAAGGGGUUUGUAGUAUCAUUAGCUUGUGGAGCAGAGAUUUGCUUGGAAUCUAGUUUUCAGUCUCAGAACGACUGCAGUUGCUUUAAGUGCACCAACAGAAUGAUUGCUGGUGGACUGAAACCACCAUAUUACACAAGUGUUUGCCACCGAUUUCCCAUCUAUAUUUUCUCAGAAGGGCUAGAGAUUAUUCAAACUGUUAAAUCUUUGCAUAUGUCUUUGCCACCCCUGCCCGUUUCUCUCUGUAUUUAACUAAGGUGUUAAGCGUGACUGUCACGACUGUUAUGUUUUCCAUUAGGCCAGAAGGAAUAUUAUUUGAUACUUAUCAUAUUAUUAUAACCUGAAUUUUAUCACCUAAAUGUAAUGUUCACUUGUUGCUUCCUACAUUAAAAUAUUUUUUUGUUAGGAAUUUGUCGUGUUGAGCAACAUUUUAACAUGGAAAAUUCCAUUAGCCAUAUGAAUUUUUGCAUGUUUCAGAGAAGUAAGUAAAAUAUUAUAUAAAUAUG